UUUGUGUCGGGAUACCAGAGAAUGGCACUAGUUUCUUUGUCCUACUUAUGUUUGCUGCUUUUGGACUUUCAGCUGGGCUAUGGAGCUCCAGCCUCAGGCCCGGUGUUCCUGUCCGGUCAGGCAGCCGCCAUCGUUCUGAGGAGACACAAACGCUACAACACUGGUGUGUUUGAGGAGCUGCUGGAAGGCAACUUGGAGAGAGAGUGUAUAAAGGAAGUGUGUGACCUGGAAGAGGCCAGGGAGAUUUUUGAGAAUGAUGAAAAGACGAUGGAGUUCUGGGUGGGAUAUGUAGAUGGGAAUCAAUGUAAAUCCAGCCCAUGUCUGAACCAAGGUUCAUGCAAAGACCACCUCGGCUACUUCACCUGCACAUGUCCGUCUGGCUUCACUGGCCGGACCUGUGAGAUUGCUAUAACAAAAAGGUGUGAUGUGCACAAUGGGGACUGUAUGCACUUCUGUGAAUCAAUGAGAACCUUUGGAGCAAAAUGCUCCUGUGCGAGAGGAUACAGGCUGCUGCAGGACGGACUUAGCUGUGAACCAGAAGCUGAAUAUCCGUGUGGCAGAACUGCCCUGACAGAGGCAAGUGCAGUAUACACGAGGUCUCUGUUCGGCCGUGGGAAUGCAAGCCUGCAGAACACCACUUCACUGACCAGCAUCAACACUACGACACCCCCUCACUCAACUCCAGCCGGUACACCAGUGCCUUUUACUGCUACAAAUGACUCUUCUGUGGCCCGGCGGGUUUACCGUGAUGCUGAGGUCCCAACUGAGGAGCCGCCUCGGCCUUUUAAACGCAUUGUAGGUGGUGAGGUGGUAAUCCCAGGAGAGAUCCCAUGGCAGAUAGCCUUGAUAGAGCGACCCAGCGGUCAGUUAUUUUGUGGGGGCUCCAUUCUCAGCGAACGGUGGGUCGUCACUGCUGCUCAUUGCCUGGUGGAGGCAGCAGGCUCCUUCCUCAUCAGAGUAGGGGAGCAUAACAUCGACAUCAACGAGGGCACAGAGCAGGAUUAUGAAGUGUUGGAGCAGCACAUACACCCACGCUACAAUGGCAGUGUGAGCUUGUACAACCAUGACAUUGCCUUGCUCUACCUCAAAAGCCCCAUCGUCUUCUCCACAACAGUCCGACCCAUCUGCAUAGGGCCCAAGGCUUUCACCGAGGCCCUAGUGAAGGAGUCUUCCCCGGCCACGGUCAGCGGCUGGGGCCGAACGCGCUUCCUCGGAUUCACAGCUGACACUUUGCAGAAAGUCCAGGUUCCCUUCACAGAUCGGACCGAGUGUAAGCGGAGCAGCAGUGCCAGGAUCACUUCAGUCAUGUUUUGUGCAGGAUACAAUAAUGAGGCCAAGGAUGCCUGUCAGGGGGACAGUGGAGGUCCGCACACUAACAGCAUUCAUGACACGUGGUUCCUCACAGGCAUCGUGAGCUGGGGGGAAGAAUGUGCAAAGCAAGGGAAAUAUGGCGUGUACACCCGGGUGUCCCUUUAUUAUCGCUGGAUAAACCAUGUUAUGGGAUUAACUAAACGCAGGUUGGCAUUUGAUGUGGAAGACCCUGACCCUGAGAUUUAAAGAUGAUAGAUUUUAAGAAUAGAACGGGUCAACGAAUGCUCAAAUCUUUUUUUUUUUUGCUGCUUCACAGGAAGGGGUUAGACAUACACAACUAAUAAAUAAUGUGUAAUUUAUAUUUUCUGAAUGACUAUUAAAUUCCAUCGAACCAAUACAGGAGCCGUCUCCAUCGUAAAUAAUGCACUUGAAAAAAAGAUACUCUUAUGAUGUGAUAUGUCUUUACCGUAUGAAAUAAAUAUCAUCAAAAUCAUGUCAUACCUACAACGCACUGACUGUGUACAAUUAAAAACGCAUCACUCCCAUCUGCUGGUAAAUAAAUGUUAUACAAGUAUUCAGAAACAGAGAAAAUCUGCAUGGCUUUAUUAUAUAAGUCAGCUUCCAUUAAAACAAAAAUACAGAAAUAAGCGUGCAUGAAAAAGCACAGUCUUAGUGUUCAGUCAAACAUUUCACUGUGUAAAACCAUGUGAAACAAGUACUGAAUUAUUUCAAUUACCAAAACAAUUAUUGCAAUGAAUAAUUAUUUUU